AUGGCUGUGUGGGAUGAUACAUGGACCGAAGAUAAAUUACUUGAUUUAAUUGAAUUCAAGUAUCCCAGUAAACGACAUGCUACAGCGGAAGAACUGUGUGCAUUCAAUGCAAACAAUCGUCACCGGUUUUGUCAUCUUGGUUUUAUGUGGCUUCGUUUACAGUCAGUUCGCCAACUGGGCAGCACCUCUGGUUUGAAUUGUCCAUCGACACCGCCGACAACGUCCAUUUCCACACCAGAUGGAUUCCAGACGGCAACAACGGAAUUGACCCCCACCUCGUACGCAUUUAUAAUGAGCAGUGAUAAUUCAGCAGUAACUGCUACUAAUCCAUCAAACACAGCUUGUGCCUCAGUUGGUACACGGGGUGAUGCUAAAAUAACAACAAAUGUGGCAAAGGUUUCAGAAACAACAACAAUGACACCGACCGUCAGCAAGAUGGGAUCGGCAGAUGGUGAAAGAAAGGCAGUUCCAAACGCAUAUACACUACUUUUUUUGACAAUAUCUCUCUUGUUCCUGGCACGUUAA